GAAACACAGGGUUAAUAAUCCAAAUUCAACUGUUUAUAAUCUUGGAUAACGGAGGUCGCAGAUAAAAACAGCAGCAACAGCGAGACUGUUUGACAUUGUUACAUUCUGUGGGUCUUUAACGAGUGAACAGAAAGCUGAAAAGACGGAGCGUAUCGUCUUUACUGCCUGAUAUGGCUAAAGUUUGAUAUGUGGUUUCGUCCCAAGUGAAAGACGGAACAAAAGGAAACGACGGACGAUGGAAUGUCUGUCUGCUAGCAGUUAGCUCGAUUUUUGGUGCUUGCAUUCUCCUUCUGUGCCAGCUGCUGAGUUCCACCACUGCAUUGUAGAUAUUUGUUUUCAGGUUAAUAGCACAGUAGCAGCACAGUUUACUUGGGAACUGCAUCAUGCACCUUCGAUUGUUUCUCGGCUUCCAUGUGAUGUAAGGAAUGAGCAGCACAGGGGAGAGUCAGACUGGCCCUGGUGGCUGAGUCCCUCAUAAGGAACAAUGCACGUCUCCCGUGUCGGCAUCAGCAAACUCUGCUUCCUGCUCUCCCUGGCCUUCUGUGCCUUCCUGCUGCUCCUGAUCCCUGGCCUGCAGCCCCUGCAGCGCCACAGCGACCUGCCCCAGCCUCUGCCCCACACAAGGACCACAGGCAGCAGAACGGGGACAGCCAGCCGACGCUCUAGCUAUACAGUGGCCGUCCCACUGAAACGACCCGGAAAACAGCAUGGCAGUGCUGCCUCUCGUUUCAGAACUGGAGAUCCUAAGAAUCCGGACACAAAUGGCUUGGCUCGAGCUGUGGGCAGCACUCUGUCCACAGGUAAACACAACGCCUCCCCGAUUUGGGACCACUACCCUGCUGGCCUGACUGGACUUCACCCGAGAGAUCAGCUGGGCCUGAGAGACAUUUUUAUUGCAGUGAAAACAACAAGAAAAUACCACAAAUCUCGACUGGACCUGCUCUUCCAGACCUGGGUUUCUAGAGCGAAGGAGCAGACGUUUAUCUUCACUGAUGGAGAAGAUAAGGAACUAAGGAAUAAAGCUGGAGACCAUGUUAUCAACACCAACUGUUCGGCACAACACACACGCCAGGCUCUGUGCUGCAAGAUGUCUGUGGAGUACGACAAGUUCAUUGAGUCACAGAAAAAGUGGUUUUGUCACAUGGACGACGACAACUAUGUGAUCCUGCCCAGCCUGCGGCUGCUGCUGUCGUCUUACUCACACACGCAGGAUGUGUACCUGGGCCGCCCCAGUCUGGACCAUCCCAUCGAGGCAGCCGAGCGGGUCAAGAGUGACGGUUCAACAUCAGUGAAGUUCUGGUUUGCCACAGGAGGAGCCGGGUUCUGUAUCAGCCGUGGUCUGGCACUGAAGAUGAGCCCAUGGGCUAGCUUGGGGAACUUCAUAAGCACAGCAGAGAAGAUCCGUCUACCUGAUGACUGCACCAUUGGCUACAUCAUCGAGGGCCUACUGGAGGUCCAGAUGACACACACCCGGCUGUUCCACUCCCACCUGGAGAACCUGCAGAGGCUGCCCAGUGAGACGGUGCUCCGACAGGUGACCCUCAGCUAUGGUGGCUAUGAGAAUCGGAGGAAUGUGGUCAACGUUGGUGGAGCGUUCUCCUUGGCGGAGGACCCUUCAAGGUUUAAAACGGUCCAUUGCCUACUUUACCCAGAAACGAGUUGGUGCCCCACUAAAAAACACCCCUGAAUCCCAUUCAGGGCACACUGCUGGCCAACUCCCCUGAAUUUCACCAGCUGGAUCACUGUCCAUUUCCCUUACGAAGAGUAAGCUCAGCACAGGGAUUUGGAUAUUUUGAGCUGCUUCCUCCUCUAUCCUGCCUGGGAGUCCACGGACUGCUGUCAAUGGUGCUCCAUUCCGUUGUUCUCAGAAUGACUCCUGUGACUAGAUGCUGGCAUAUCAACAUAUCAAAAGCUUUAUAUCAAGGGCUGUCGUGUAGUGGUGUAAGUUGGAAGUUCAGGAAGGUCUUACAGCGCAGAGCUGGGAUGAGAUGCAAUAUUAAUUUAUUUUUUACUUUCAAAGGUUCACUGGGCUUAUUUUAGCACAAGCUCAAGACCAGGGCCAACAUCCUGAGAGGGUUUUCUUGGAAAGUCAGUGUUAAAGGGAGGAACAGAGUUCAAUCUCUGUUUUCCUGAAUGCAAGCAAUUCAAGACUGAAUAUGUUUUGUGCCCAGUUGGUACAGCAUGCUGCACUGUGGCACCUGUCAUUUAUUUUAUGCUUUUAAUGGUAAUAUUCACCGAUUUUAUCUUUCACACAGGAACAAAUAUUGCAGAAACCCUAUAAACAGGUUGUAAUCUUUCCUUAGACCUUUGAUCCAUCUAAAUGAUAAAUAAUGACUGAACAUGUUACCUGUCAGAUGAGUGGUGCAGAUAUUUGGUCACAGAUAUUUUAUUACAUUCAUGAUUUUGUAUUUCUGAGAAUAAAUUUACUAUUGACUGUUAGUUAUGAUUUUAUUAAAAUGCUGUGUGAUCCAUUGCUGCAGUAUUUUACCUAAGCGGAAGGUACUGACAUCACUGCAGGCCAGUGUUGAAGAUGAACAGGUCAUAUCUAAGUUGUGAUUUUUAAAAUUUUGUUCUGUCAUCUUUUGCUGUUAUACACAUUUUUUAAAAUAAAUAAAUUGUGCAGCCAACACACAAAA